UCAUUGCAAACACAAGGAUAUGAUUACCAUGUCCUAUUUAAAAGCGUCAAUUAUGCAAAUUCUCAUGCUGUGUCCACUUUAAGAAAAGUAGUUCAAUGAGUACAUGAUAAAGAGAAUAAAGUAGAGAUACUUAAACCAAAUUCAAAGCAAUUCCCACCCAAGAUAAAGACCCAGGAGCGAAGUUUCUUCAUUCAGAAGCCUCCAUCCAUAUAUCUUUAAAAAUGCAGUAUAAAGCCACCACCACUAGCACCAAGCUCCCUGAGAAAAUGGCUGCAAUUGCUGCUCCAGUUGCAAUAGGCACACGAGGCACCGUAGGAUCGCUUGUCAGAAAGGAAAUUGAGUAUUUCAGCAAGGUUGAAAUAGACCAAUGUGGAAGCUCCCGAAAGCCUCAGGGACAAAUUGUGGACAUGGCUUCCACCAGUGGUCACUCCAAGCCUGGUCUUUGGUUCUUGAUAAUGACAUGGAGAAGGAAGAAGAGGAGAAAUAGUAGCGGGAUCCUGCCAAGCAUGUGUUCUGUUGUUGAAGUUUCAGAAAGCAAUCGUCUAAACAGAAUCCCCGGUUACAAUUACAGAAUCCUUAAGAAUGACUUCAACAUCUAGUUGAUGCUUUUUGAGCUCUUUGAGCCAGUUUGUUCUAAGUCUGCACAAUGCCUUAUGCCAGUGUUUCAAGUCCAGAACUUCUACGAUUGUUGAUUUCUCUUGUCAGGUUCCUACAUUAGGUGCAAGUAUUUUUUGGAAUAAUGUUUUCGGAGUGAGCACAAGGAUCUAUUAUGCAGCUUUUUGAAGGUCAUGCUGUUUCUAAAGCUUCACAACUGAUGGCUCAUCUGAUAUGUUAAAAAUUUUGAUGUCAUAGAAUCAAAUUCUUGUAGUAGUGGUACAGAACUAUGGAAAUCCUUUUUCUUGGAGAUCAUGGUGUACAUUGAAGCUCAUGAAUUACAUACAAAAAUCAUGGUAGGGAAAGCUUGCCACUCUCAAUAGCCUCAAGUGUCCCUGCUGUAAAAGUUUCAAUCAAUGACCGACAGAAUUUUCAUACGGAAGAAAGGAUUGAGUCAGACGUAUAUACCCUUCAAAGGAAAGUUUGUGAUCAUCUUCUUUUCUUUUCUUUUUCUUUUUUUCUUUUUUAUGAAUAAGUUUGUGAUCAUCUUAUGCAGGAAUGAGACUCAAUUUGUAUUUAUUUGAUUUGUAAAAGAUUUACUUAGUAUUAAAAAUAAAAAGUCAGAAAUAGAUUUAUAGUUU